AUGCCUAGAGACGACUUGUCCAUCGACUUCGUCAAAAACAUGCCGCCGGUCGAGAACCUGGACCCGUCCAUGAUCCUGGACGACUGGACGCAUCGCGUUGCCAACCUGCCCGAGGAGAUCCGCUUCAUCCAGGACGAGAUCGCCGAGAAGGACCGCCAGUACAAUGACUGCAUCAAGACGAUCGAGGAACGCGACGCGCGCAUCCAGAAAUGGAUCAAGGCCAACGGCAGCCACGAGAAGAACCCGCGCGAGGACAGCCUGCGCGCCGCCAUCUCCACCAACUACACCAUGGCCGAGCAGCUCUCCAACGAGAAGAUCGUCCUGACCCAGAAGAUGUCGGCCAUCUACGACAAGCACCUGCGCCAGCUCGACAUGCAGAUCAAGAUGCUGUACGACAGGGGCGAGCCUGGUUUCACAGACCCAGACGAAGUACCCUCUCUCCUCCGUCCCAGCGCUGCGAACAACACCGCCCCUUCGGCGCGCUCCAUCAAUCCCGCCGCCCAUCCCCUUCCGACGCCGCUCAACCCGAUCCUCAACUCGGCAACCCCGUCCGCCGUCCGAGCAGCCAAUCCUCAAGUACGAAGUACGCAAGCGCAACAGACACACGCAGCAUCGGCGCCCGCCACGCCGGCUGCCAGCAUGAUCCUGAACAGGCAAGCAAGGGAGGGCUCCGCUGGUCCCUCGGGAAACCCCAAGCGAGGUCCCCGCGUCAACAGCGGCUUGGGCAACGCGCCCACGACGUCGAGCGGGCUGGCGAGGCACUCCUCCCUGGGUCCCGGAACACCCAAGGCGAGCACGGCGGCAGGAGUUCAGCGGGCAGGUAGCGCAGGCCCACGCGCCAGCGUCAAGACCACGGCGGCAGGACCAGGUCGCAAGGCCGGGACGCCCACCGCCGGCAUCCGCAAGAAGGGCACGCCCGGCGCCGGGCCCGGCAACAAGUCGAACCUGUCGCGCGUGAAGCGGCCGAGCAAGAACAGCCCCUCGUCGACAGCCGACUCGGAGCUCUCGGACGCCGACACCGGCAGCGGCUCCGAGGUGUCGUCCCGCCGCGGCACCCCCGCAGCCCGCUCGUCGCAGCAAAAGGAGGCACCCCCGCACCACCCGCCCACGGCGGCCGAGCGCAAGAAGGCCCGCGCGGCCGCGCACCACAAGGACGGCGACAACGCCGACGACGACGCGAUGGAGGUGGACGAGGACGAGGCGGGCGACGACAAGAAGUACUGCAUCUGCCAGAACGUCAGCUUUGGCGACAUGGUGGCCUGCGACAACGACGACUGCCCGUACGAGUGGUUCCACUGGUCCUGCGUCGGGCUCAAGAGCGAGCCCAACGGCACCUGGUUCUGCCCCGUGUGCACCGAGAAGAUGAAGAAGGGCAAGUAG